CCUCUCCUUCCUCCACUUUGCGCUCCCCACCACUUGCCCCCCAUGUAGAACUGGAAGCAUAUGCUGGAGUGAUCAGUGCCUUGCGGGCCCAGGGAGAUCUGACCAAGGAGAAGAGGGAUCUUCUGGGGGAGCUUUCCAGAGUGCUGAGCAUUUCGACGGAAAGACACCGGGCAGAAGUUCGGAGGGCGGUCAACGAUGAACGCUUGACAACUAUUGCACAUAAUAUGUCUGGGCCUAACAGCUCUUCAGAGUGGUCCAUCGAAGGCCGUCGACUGGUUCCUCUGAUGCCCCGGUUGGUUCCUCAAACAGCCUUCACCGUCACAGCAAAUGCGGUGGCCAACGCAGCCCUCCAGCACAACGCAUCUCUCCCUUCCCCUGCAGAAACAGGAAGCAAAGAAGUAGUGGUUUGCUACUCCUACACAAGUACCACCUCUACACCAACGUCCACUCCUGUACCGAGCGGUAGUGUUGCAACAGUUAAAUCCCCCAGACCUGCCAGCCCAGCCUCAAACGUUGUCGUUCUCCCAAGUGGAAGUGCUGUUUACGUUAAAAGUGUGAGUUGUUCAGACGAUGACGAAAAACCCCGCAAGAGGCGCCGUACCAACUCCUCAAGCUCUUCCCCUGUCCUCCUGAAGGAGGUCCCCAAAGCCGUCCCACCGGUCACCAAGACCAUCACAGUGCCUGUGGGGGGCAGCCCUAAGAUGAGCAGCAUCAUGCAAAGCAUCGCCAACUCCUUGCCGCCCCACAUGUCUCCUGUGAAGAUCACCUUCACCAAGCCCUCAUCCACGCAGACCACCAACACCACCACCCAGAAGGUAAUCAUUGUGACUACAUCGCCAAGCUCCACUUUCGUCCCCAACAUCCUCUCAAAAUCUCACAACUACGCAGCUGUCACCAAACUCGUCCCAACAUCCGUGAUUGCUUCCACCACCCAGAAGCAGCCCGUGGUCAUAACGGCUUCCCAGUCCUCUCUGGUGAACAACAGCACCAGCACCGCAACCACUAGUCCCAACACAGGGAGCUGUUCCACGCCGACUUCCACUCCCAGCACAGUUGCGGUGACCACAGUGGUGUCCUCCACGCCCUCUGUGGUUAUGUCAACGGUCGCACAAGGUGUGUGCACGUCAGCGAUCAAGGUGGCCUCAGCCAGGCUUCCUUCACCCAAGAGCCUGGUGGGAACGCCCACCCAGAUCCUCGCCCAGUUUCCUAAGCAGCAGCUGACUCCAGCUUCACCGGCCGCUCCACCCCAGCCGCCCCCACCACCCCAGCAGUCUCCUCUGCCCUCCAACAUUAAGCCCACCAUCCAGAUCAAACAAGAAUCAGGUGUCAAAAUCAUCACUCAGCAGGUUCAACCCAGCAAAAUCCUCCCCAAACCCGUCACGGCGACUUUGCCCAGCAGCAGCAAUUCUCCCAUUAUGGUAGUGAGCAGCAACGGGACCAUCAUGACCACCAAACUGGUCACAGCUCCUGCUG